AUGGUUACAACUACCCUGAUAUCUCCUUCUCAUGGUGCUUUAGGAAAAUGCAAUCCCAGUGACUACAAAGCUCUUAUCGAUAUCAAGAAGUCUCUAAGCCCUUACGAGUUUUCUUGGGAGUUAAAUUCAUGGGUCCAAAAUACAGACUGCUGCGACUGGCAUGGAGUCAUCUGUGAUGACAAGUCCAACCGUGUACAAGGACUCAGCAUCUUAGGAGGUGAAAUCUCUGGCCAAAUACCAUCCUCAGCAGGUGACCUUCCUUGCCUCUUAUCUUUAUUUUUCAGGAACAUUAAAAACAUCACUGGUUCGGUCCCGCAAUCUAUCACAAAGUUGAAGCAUCUCAUAAGGCUGGAUCUUUCCUAUUUGAGUCUGUCCGGGCCGGUUCACGACUUCCUUAACCAACUCACUGUUCUCAAUUUCCUUGAUCUCUCGUACAAUCAGUUCUCUGGUUCCAUUCCACCUAAUCUCUCCGACCUUAAAAAUAUACGAACUAUCCAACUCGAUGGGAACAAACUCACGGGUUCAAUCCCGGAGUCGUUCGGGAAAUUCACCGAUGAUCUAGCAGUUCUUCAGUUGUAUAAUAAUAAACUCACUGGUUCGAUUCCAAAAUCUUUAGGAGCUUUAGAUUUUGGCUAUAUUGACUUGUCAAGGAACAAACUCGUUGGGGAUGCAUCCAUGCUGUUUAAUCCGAACCAUGAUUUGACAAGAUAUAUUGAUUUGUCGGGCAACCGAUUAGAGUUUGAUCGCACAAAGGUUAAGUUUCCAAAGAAUUUAAAUUGGUUGGAUAUAUCACAUAACAAAAUCUUCGGUGGAAUCCCUGAAAAGGUUCAAGAUUUGAGAAAUUUGUAUAUGUUGAAGGUGGAAUACAAUAGGUUAUGCGGUAAAAUACCAACUGGAGGGAGGAUGCAGCAUUUCGAUAGCACUUCUUUUUCUCAUAAUAAGUGUCUGUGCGGAUCACCAUUGAUGAGUUGUAAGUGA